AUGCAUAGUCUGGCCCAUGAUGUAGGAGAUGUACUGUAUGCUGGUUUACUGUAUGAUCAAGUAUGGGCUCUAGCCCUUGCUAUUAAUAAUGCUAUUGAACUAUACAACAUAUCAAUGGAGGACUAUAGCUAUGAUCAAUAUGAGGUCACCGAUAAAAUAGAAGAAUCGUUAAGUCAGGUUAGUUUCAGAGGUGCUACUGGACACAUUAUGUUCUCAAGGAGAAGAGAAGUAUCAACACCAAUUAAUAUAUAUCAGGUAAAUUCGUACGCUUCUGAACCUCAUGUACCAAUUGGAUAUUAUGAUUCAUACCAUAAAACAAUAAAUAUAACUACUAACAAUCUUCCAACUGAUGAAAUCAGUACAGUAGUUAUCUCGAUACCAAGUGAUGUUGCCAUUGGACUGUAUGUAGCUGUACUGUCAGUAGCAAUUAUUGUUACCAUCAUAUUGAUAUGUCUACUGUAUCACAGAUCUAAGCCACCAGUAAAAGCAACGAGUCCAUUUGUAAGUCUCUUGAUAUUUUUGGGUUGUUACCUGGCCUUAUUGAAUGACUUGAUGAGAAUUACUUAUGCAUCAUUUCCUCAUGUUAUAUCCGAUAUCCUUUUUGUAGUAUUUUGCAAUGUUAGCUUACCCAUAUUCUUCAACGGGUGUACUUUUAUUUUCUUCACUUUGCUCAUUAAGCUAAUGCGGGUCAGAAAAAUAUUCUAUAACAAAAAACUAAGCAAGUAUCUUAGCCCUUUCUGGAGCAAUAAAGUCAUUGCGAUGGUUGUCAUAAUGAUGACAGUAUUUCCUAACUUGGUCAUAUUAUCAUGGAUGAUUCUGGAUCCGUAUAGAAAAAAAUCAAUAAUAACAAAUAACACAGAUGGGCCACUACUGUAUAACGAAAAGGUCAAUAUAUGUAAAAGUUCCAGGCUUGAAUUCUUGUUUAUUUUUAUUUUUCUCUAUCUAUUCAUCAUAUUUGUAAUUACUAUCAUCACUUCUUCUCGUACAAGAAAGAUAAAGCAUAAAGAUUUCAAGGACACAAAGAAAGUAAAUGCUUUUAUAUACUUGUAUGUUCUAACUUUUACAUUUAUGGCUUGCUUAAUUGCAUUCUUUGAUUUAAUGGAUAUGCCGAUCAUUGCACAUUAUUUUGCCAUAUCAUUUUCAUUGAUCAUUGUGUGUGAGUGUGUCUUUAUUCUGUUUCUUCCUAAACUUAUCAGCUUAUUAUUUAAUAAUGAGCAAAGUGAUGUUGUUAAUUUUUUGUAAUCAAUUCUUUGUUAAAAGAUCAUUGUGACAUUAUUUUAA